GAGCGUUAGCAACAGAUUAGCAAUCUCCCUUUAUAACAGCCGCAAAACUUGAAGUCAGUACGACCUAACAAAUUAGAAGAAGAAAAAGAAGAAGGAGAAUCUCCCCUAUAAUCUCUGGAGUCACUUUCGAACAGAUAUUUUCAUUCCAGAAAAAAAAAGAAUGAAUCACAAAUCAGGGAACGAUACUCCUCCUGAUGAAGAUGAUCAGGGCGAAGUGCCGACCUGGCAAACGCUAUUUGAGGGUGUGAAAAAUAUUGUGACUUCUAAAGAAUUUAUUAUUGGAGCUUCUGCAGUCGUAGGAGCAGUGUCAGCUGUUGCGGCCGCACCUAAAGUUGCUCAAGCCGUAGGAUAUCGUGAAGAAGGAAUUAAGAAAAAUUCCCCUGCAUCAUCAAUGAUGCGCCGACAUGAGGGGUUCACACCUGCUGGUGGUGUAGUUUCAACUCUUCAGCAUGUUGGCGCCAAAAAUAGUGUUCUUGGAUCGACUAAUGCCACCCUCGCUUCAGUAGGAAUUGGUGCAGGAAUCGGUGCAGGAAUCGGUGCACUUUUCGCUGCCAUUGGUACAGCUAUUGCCGACAAUUGUGAAAGUCCCGAUGAUUUUGAUCCAAAUCAUGGGAAAACUGUCAAAAAAAUUGAUGACUAAGAGUUUUCGGGAAAGAAAGUACAGUAUGAAGGUGAUUAAUCACCAGUACUCCAUUUUUUAUAACGCAACACCCGUUCAUUCCUAUCUUUUAUGACUCACAUGAGUC